AUGAAACUCGAUAAAAAAAAGGACUUUAAAAAAAAGCUUGUAACCUGCUUAUCCUUGUUACAAGUUGGUGAUCCUUUGAAAAUUAUUGUGGAUGAGACUUUUAUAAAACUUUGCAUUCUUCAUAAGAUAUCAAUAAAAGAGGAACUAGUAAAAUUAAUGAAUAGACAAAUAAUUCUAAUGACAACAAAAUGUAUAUCGCAUAAUGCAAGAAACCAACCAGGAGAUGAAGAAGCUUCUUAUGCUAUAAGAAAGUUGACACAUUAUAAAUGUAAUCAUAAUGAAGAAAAUCUAAAAAAAAAUGAUGUUGUAGAUAUAUAUGUGAAAAAAAUGAAACUUGAGGAAUAUUCGAAAUUAUCAAAAAAUAAUUAUUUCGCCAAUCAACUUACGCUAACACAUAAUUUUGACAGUUUAUAUAAUAUAAAAAAUAAAGUUUAUCAAUGUGAUGUAUUAAAAAAUGAUAAUGUUGAAAGCUUUAAUAAUAAUAAGGAUAAAAAAAUUGUAAGACAAGAAUCUGAUCUUUCAAAUAUACAUGACAAUACAACCAUAGUACUUUCAAAUGAUGUUGAUUUAAAUACAAAUGAUAAUGUGACCAUAGAAAAUUCUAAUGAUGAUGAUACAAACAGAAAUAAUAUUGAUUCCUUAUUAAAAAUUAAUGAUAAUAAUAUGAAUACCAUUAAUCAUAUGGACUCAUUAGAAGAACAUAAUUCUGAAAUACACGAUAAAAUAAAAUUAAAUGAUUCUAUGAAAUGUAUAAUCGAUUUGGUAAAAAAUAAUAACGAAAAGAAAUUCUUCAUUUGCACGAAUAAUAUGGAAUUAAGAUCUUUCUUAAGGAGGGUUUAUAUAGUGCCCAUAAUUUAUAUCAGCGAAAGUGGAAUCAUCAAAAUCGAAAGCUUGUCCACAAAAAAUUUAGACAAGAAAAAAAAUGUAGAAUUAAAAAAAAUGAAAAUGUUAAAAUGGGAAAGAGACCUUAAAAUGGCAGAACAGAAAAAAAAUAAAUUAAAUAUUAAAAAAAAAAAAAAAAAAAAAAAAAAUAGGAAAUAA